AUGUCCCUGCUAAAAGUUUUAGGAAUUCAUAAAUGCAGGACAACCCCAUACCACCCACAAUCCAAUGGUUCCUUAGAAAACAGCCACAAAAAUCUGAUGUCAUUUCUCAGAAUUCAAACAGGUAAUGAACCACAUAACUGGAGCACUUGGUUACCGUAUUGGUGUUUUGGUUAUAAUAACAGUGUACACACGGAGACCAAGUAUACUCCAUAUGAGCUUGUUUUUGGGAAGCUUUGCCGUUUGCCAACUAAUUUAACUUUAGAUAUAGACCCCUUAUAUAACCCAUAUGAUUGUCCACAACAACUUAGAUAUAGACUUCAAAAAUCGCAAUAUGAUGCAAGAAAUAAUUUAAUUUUAAGCAAACAAGGUAGGAAAACAAAGUAUGAUUACUAUACCAAUCAAAUUAAAUAUAAUGUCGGUGAUAUGAUACUCCUUAAGACUGAACAAUGUGUAAACAAAUUUGAUCCUCUUUAUAUAGGACCAUUUAAGGUUAUCGAAGAUUGUGAACCAAAUGUAACAAUAGAUUGCAAAGGUAAACAUAAGUCAAUACAUAAAAAUCGCACUAGACCAUACAUAAAACAAUAA